AUGGACUUUGGCGUUCGGGAUGCCCUGAUAUGGGGCACACGGAACGGUGCAGAGGCCGUCGGGCUCAGUGACAAGAUUGGCACGUUGACUCCUGGGAAGCGUGCUGAUAGUGUCGUCAUCAUGAGUGAACGCGCGCUCAGCGAAUCAGCGAAUCCUUUGGGAACUGCUAUGCUUCACUCUACUCCCGCUGAUGUUGACUUUGUCAUGGUGGAUGGAAAGAUCUUGGAGCGAGACGGCAAGUUGAUGGGUGUUGGUGUCGACUCCAUCCGAGCGAAGGCGAAAGAAGGGUUGCGGCGGAUCCAGGAGAUCCUCAGGCGUGUGCGUCCAGAAAUCAGCUUGGAAGAAAAGGCCCAUCGUGCCAAUGUUGCGAAUGCCUACGCUUAG